AUGAAUACAACAUUCAAUCGCGACGACGAAUCAGCACCAUCUUCACCAAUCGCAAAAAUGGCACCAAAUGAUAUUCCACCAACUAUGUCAGCUGUAAGUGUUUAGCCUAAAAAAGCCUGAAAUUCAAGCCUAAAGCCCAAAUUUGACCUGAAAUUAAGGCCUUAAAUUUGGCCUAAAGCCUGAAAUUCAAGCCUAAAGCCCAAAAAAGCCCUGAUUUCCAGCCAGCCAACAAUACGAUCGUAAUGUCGGUGGAAGAAUCGAAUGGAAAUGUGGAAAUCGAUGAAAAUGAUGCGAUUCUGGCCGGAUGUUCUUUGAUGGAUGUUGUCAUUUUAAAGCAUACCAAUAAGAAGUAUAUGGAAAUUAAUAAGAGAUUAUUUGAUUCGGAUGGUAAGCGGCCUACAAGCCUAGGCCCAGGCCUUGAAGCCUAAUUCAAAAUUCCACUUCCAGAAUUCGAAGUUCGUCGAUGUUCGGAUGGUCAAGUCAUCUCCUACGGUCGAUGUUCGAAUUUCGGACUUCCUGGUUCAACUCCAUCAAAUUCGAUUCCAGGUGAGUGUUUUUGGCUUAAAAAUCAAGUUUCUGAGCUCAAAAUGCUCCAAAAAUCAAUUUUCUGAGCUCAAAAUUCCCCAAAAAUCAAGUCUCUGAGCUCAAAAUGCUCCAAAUAAAGGAUCUGAGCUCUAAAAUCAAGUUUCCGGGCUCAAAAAUGCUCCAAAAAUCAAAUUUCUGGGCUCAAAAUGCUCCAAAUCGAUUUUUUUGCUCAAAAUUCGAAUUUCUGUGCUGAAAAUGCUCCAAAAAUCAAGUUUCUGAGCUCAAAAUGCUCUAAAUCAAGUUUCUAGUCUUAAAGGGGGGGUAAGACGACAAAAUUUUAUUUGCUCAAUGAAUCGGGCUCCCUUUGAAUAGUAAAAGCCCCAGGGGAUUUUUUCUCGAAAGGCCUAAAAAGGUCCGAAAAAAUAUUCCAUGAACUUUUUCAACGUAUAGCUAUACGUUGUCCAAAAGUUUAUGGAAUAAUUUCAACGUAUAGCUAUACGUGGUACCUAGUUUAUGGAACAUUUUUUCUGGACGUUUCCAGAAAAAAUCCCUUGGAGGUUUUACUACUUUUGGGGAGCCUUUAACUUUGCGACAAAAAAAAUUUGUCGUCUUACCCCCCCUUUAAAAUGCUUCAAAAAUCAUUUUUUUUGAGCUCAAAAUGCUCUGAAUCCAGUUUCUGAGCUGAAAAUGCUCUAAAAAUCAAGUUUUGUCGCUUAAAAUGCUCCAAAAAUGAAGUUUCCGGGCUCAAAAUGCUCGGAAUCAAAUUUCUAUGCUAAAAAUGCUCUAAAUCAAGUUUCUGGGCUCAAAAUGCUCCAAACAGAAUUUUUUGCUCAAAAACCAGGUUUGUGGGCUCAAAAUGCUCCAAAAAUGAUGGUUCUGGGCUCAAAAUGCUCCAAAUAAAGGAUCUGAGCUCUAAAAUCAUGUUUCUGGGCUCAAAAAUCAAGUUUCUGAGCUCAAAAUGCUCCAAAAAUCAAGUUUUUGCUCAAAAUGCUCCAAAUCAAUUAAUUUUGCUCCAAAAAUCAAGUCUCUGAGCUCAAAAUGCUCCAAAAAUCAAGUUUUGGGGCUCAAAAUGCUCAAAAAAUCGAGAUUUGUGGCUCAAAAUGCUCCAAAUCAAGUGUCUGAGCUCGAAAUGCUCAAAAUAUCAAAUUUUUUGAGCUCAAAAUGCUCUAAAUCAAGUUUCGGGGCUCAAAAUGCUCCAAAAAUCGGAUUCCUGGGCUCAAAAUGCUCUAAAUCAAGUUUAGGGGCUCACUAUGCUCCAAAUCAAGUUUCUGGGCUCAAAAUUCAUCAAAAAUCAAGUUUCUGGGCUCAAAAUGCUCCAAAAAUCAAGUUUCUGAGCUAAAAAUGCUCCAAAAAUCAAAUUUUCUGGCUAAAAAUCUCGAAUUUCAGACGAAGAAUAUCAGCGAAUCGUAAAAGAACGUGAUCAAGCGCGUCAAGAAGCUGAAAAAUCGCACGAAAACUACAAUGUGCUCUUCUCAAGUUACACGGCAGUUCGCGAAGCAGCAAAUGAUAUUCGCGAAGGUUAUCAAGAAGCGGCUGAAAAGCUGAAAAUGGCUGCGGGAGAAGUGGAAGAAUGGAAGACGAAAUACGAAAUUGUGAAACAAAAUGCGAAUUUGGAAUUGGAACGAGCCAGUUUGGAAUAUGAGGAUUUGGUGAGAAAUCAUGAGGAAAAUACAAAAGGUUUGAGAUUGAAAGUGAAACGAGCCGAAAUUGAAAUGAAGAGUCGAGAUGAUGAGAUUCAUAUUUUGGUGAGGGAUUUUGGGUGGUUUUGGUGGAAAAAUUGUGAAAUUUUGACCUGGGAAACCUAAAAAUCGAGAUUUCCAGUCAAAAAUGAGCUGAAAAUUGUGAAUUUUCACCUAAAAAUAUGCAAAAUUUUUAAAAUUUUGACCUGGGAAACCUAAAAACCAAGAUUUAUAGUCAAAAAUGAGCUGAAAAUGAGCAUUUUUGACCUGAAAUUGAUCUGAAAUCAAAACCCAAAUUUUACCUAUUUUUGGAAGGUCCUGGAGCAAAUUUGGAGGGUUUUGAUGCAGAAUUCAUGAAAUUUGAGCCAGGAAAACCUGAAAAUCGAGAUUUCUAGUGAAAUAUGAGCUAAAAAUCGUGAAUUUUGACCUGAAAAUAAGCCUGAAACUGACCUGAAUCCAGGCCUAAUUUAGGCCUAAAAAUAGUCUAAGGUUGGCCUGAAAAUGAGCCUAAAACCGGCCUGAAAAUGAGCCUAAAUUCAGGCCUAAAGAUAGUCUAAGGUUGGCCUAAAUUUAGGCCUAAACUUACCCUGAAAUUCAAAUAAAAAAACAAAAUUAUCGAUUUUUCAUUUCAAAACUUGAUUUAAAGGCCUACCAGACCUGAAAUUUUGCAAAAAUCCCAAAUUUUCACCCAAAACCCCCUCAAAUUUUCCAGAAAUCCCGAAUCGAAGAGCUGACUCGAAUUUGCGAUCAAUUGAUGAAUGAUGUUGAUGUGACAGAUACCGAAUCAAGAUAUUCAGCUUCCUAUGAUGCAUAA